GCGCUGCCCCGCAGCCUGUCCCGCCUGCGCGAGUGCCCGGGCCGCUCCCGCAUCGUGCUGGCGCUCGGGGCCACGCAGAUGGCGCUCGGAUGCCUCAUCGUGGCCGUCAGCUUCGCCGCGCUGGCGCUCACCACCUCGGCCCGCGUCCGCCACUCCUGCCCCUUCUGGGCCGGCUUCUCGGUGCUGCUCUCAGGACUCAUCGGUGUCGUGUCCUGGAAGAGGCCCCUCUCGCUUGUGAUAACCUUUUUCAUGCUGCUCUCUGCAGUGUGCGUAAUGCUGAAUUUGGCUGGUUCAAUUCUCUCCUGUCAGAAUGCUCAGCUAGUCAACUCCCUAGAAGGCUGUCAGUUGAUUAAGUUUGACAGUGUCGAGGUGUGUGUCUGCUGCGAAAGGCAGCACCAGUCGUCGGGCUGCAGCAACCUUGGGGAGACGCUGAAGCUGAACCCGCUGCGGGAGGAUUGCAACGCUGUGCGGCUCACGUUGAAGGAUCUCCUCUUCAGUGUGUGUGCCCUCAAUGUCGUCUCCACCAUCGUGUGCGCGUUGGCCACAGCCAUGUGCUGCAUGCAGAUGGUCUCUUCCGACGUCCUGCAGAUGUUCCUUCCACAAAGGGUACAUUCCACCAGCCCAGCCUGCGUGACCCCCCAUGGCACCGUGCUCCACCAGACCUUGGAUUUCGAUGAGUUCAUUCCCCCCCUCCCACCUCCACCUUAUUACCCACCAGAGUACACCUGCACGCCCACAACCGAGGCCCACAGGGGUCUCCACUUGGACUUUGCUCCCUCUCCAUUCAGCACUUUGUAUGAUGUUGCCAUCAACAGUCCUGGCCUGCUCUACCCCGCUGAGCUCCCCCCGCCCUACGAGGCCGUGGUAGGCCCAACCACCACCAGCCAGCUUACGAGUGUGGAUCCGCAGACGACCGAGUCCAGCCCUGGGGACCCAGACACCACGGCUGGCUUCAGCACACAAGAGCCCACAGGUAGCUCGAGCCUCCUGGCAUCUGAGGGCGCCACUGCACAAGGCCUGAGCCCCGAAGGCCCUGCGGGUGCCUCCCAGCCCCUGCCACCUGGCCUCGAGUCCCUGGAGGGCCCUAACCAGGGCACUUGGGUGGUGCCAGGUCCCAGCCGUGUGGCCCGCUCCACCAGCGACCCCACUUCAUGCUCCUCCGGUGUGGCAGGCAGUGCCUCUUCACACACCCCGUCCUGCAGCCGGGACCUGGAAGCAGGACUGUCCAGGGCUGCUUCGGGGACCGUUUCCCGAGCUCACUCUGUCACGGCUGCCUGUGCGGGUCGGCACCCGCUCUCUCUGGCUGGGCCGCCAGAUGCUUGGAAAACCGACCCACGGGUAAAGCCAGAGGCCUUACCAACAGUCUUCAAGGAGCGGCCGCACUCUUUAGUGGACAGCAAGGCCCACGCAGACGCCAGGGUUUUGGUGGCUAAAUUUUUGGAACACUCGAACUGUGCCCUCCCUCCGGAGGUGCGGCAUGUGGUGGGCACCUUCCGCCCGGGGGUCCCCUCUGAGGAGCCCCACGUGGAGGAGGCGGCGUUCAGUGCCGGCGUUCUGGACCAGGUGUGAACAGGCCACGGGUCCUGAUGGGGACACGGACGGGCCGGGGCCCGAGCGUCCUUGCUGGAGGCCACUGUGCUUGCGGGGAGAGGGGCCUGUGGCCCAGGAGUAUCUCGGGCUGGCCCAGGCGGGGAACUGCUGUCCCUCUCUUGAGAAGGAUCCGGUCCGUUGUUGUCUUGUGGAUGACACUUCCUACCGGUGCUGGUAACACAGAAGAAUGACUCUCGUGGCCACCGUGAGCUCUCUGGUUUUGUCAGGCAUGUAGCACCUAACCAGCGUUCUGGGACUGCAGUGACAGGUGACACCAGAGACACCAAGUAUCUUCAAAAUCAGGGCCGUCAAGAAGCAAGACUCUCCCCUCUGAUUCAGUUGAGUGUUUAGUGGAUAGAGGAGGGUAUCAAGUAAAAUGAGACCAUUUUCUUCUGUGGUUUGUAUCACUCCAUGUUCUACCCUUUCUCAUGUGCUGACUGGAAAGACAAUGGGUAAUUCUGGCACGGAUGGCAGCCCGGGCCCAGCUCUCCGCCUGCAGGAAGCAGGGCUAUCGUGCGUACGAAUCACAACAGGGGACCUCGGCGUGGCCUGGCCUGGCCGCCUCCGCCUCCAGAAAAGCAAGCUGGUGUGGCAGGGAGCUUUGCUCAGCACCCCCACCCCGCCCUGGUCACCUAGUCUCCUGGGCUUCCGCUCUGGGGUACCCUUCCCACUGUCUCUCCGGCUGUCUACCGUCUCCUCCUCUGCAGACACUUGUGGCGAGCCCCUUCGAGGGUUCUCCCUGCGUCUGUGCUCCCCAGGAUGGCCCGGAUGGGUGGAGGUCUGGGGGGAGGGGCCUGUAUCCCAGGAUCUGUGCACCUCCUCAGAAAGCAGAUCUCUGAUGACCCAGAACAUUCCCUUCCCAGCCAGGCAGCAGCCACAUCUGCAUGGGAAGAUGCAGGUUGUCAAUCAUUUCUUUCCACACAACACCCACUGAGCUGGGUACGUGGAAGCAGACAGGCCCAGCCUCUCUGCAGUGGCAGCUUGGGCAUUUUGCCUUUCUUGGGCCUCCCCUGCCCCCACUCCCUCCUGUGCCGGCAACAUUAACAUCAGCCACUUCCAGCAAUGGCCCUGGAGCAGCACUGUCCUUAAGAACUUUCCAUAGCCAUGGGAACGCCUGUCCCCGUGCCAUCCACAACAGUGGCCCCCAGCACCCGUGCCGUGCUCUUGCCUUGAACAAGCAGCCCAUAACCCACAGUUCUCAGCCGAGAGCCCAAGGGCCUGGCAUGGGGCGUGCAAGGGGAGGACUCGACGGUUGCCCACUGUUGCUUGGCGUCCAGACCUCUAGGGGCUGUGUGCUGCCCUUCCCUCUGCUCUGCACCCCACUGUAGCCAGCGUGCUGGGGACGUGUCUGUGUGGUUGGAAGCUGGGAAGGGGCUGGCGGGGCGGGGGGGUGGGGGUCUGCAGGCUGGACGCCUGGAGCCCCCAGGAACAGAGGUGCAGGGAGCCUGCAGUGAUGGUCAGCUUUGAACACUUUGCUUCAGUAGUGUUCUUGGUCAUUGCUUCCCUUGCCUCUGGGUGAGGUGAGAGAGCUGGACCCAUCAGGCCUUCUGAUGCCAACCGGAACUUUUCCACUGGAGAAUCCCAGAGAUGAAAUGAGCACUUUAUCCAGACUGCAAAAUGGGAAAUCGCUUCUCUCAUUUUUCUCAGCUGAGGGCUUUUGAAGUCCCCCCAAAGCAAAUCCCUUCACACGUACAGUUAAUUUGAUGGUUUUUCCAAGCCGCCUCCCCUAAGCCCAUCAGCACAGCAUUCAUGGCCUCUGAAUCCGGGCAUUUUCAGUGUGUCUGGGGUGGGAGCAGAGCAUAGCAAGCUGCGGGGGGGUUUUCGUGCCCCCCUGUGGGGGGGCCCACACUCAGGCUUGGGGGCGCACACAGCAGUGUCCCUGGGCUGAGCCCUGGGGCCAAGCCUGCACUCCCUGACCCAGCUGCAGUCUGAGUGAGGCCAGCCCCUUGCCUUCCCACUCGCACAUCUGGGGUGGAGCUCGGGCAUCAGUAUUUUAUCCUGCAGCCAGGGAAAGCAGCCGCUGGGAGCCUGCCCUGGAGCUCUGUGUCCUUUGCUCCUCCCCUUGCAGUGGGACAGUGUUUCUUCUGCCAUCCGGGGCUCCUGCAGCAGCCUGGGCCUCCACUUGGGUACAAGCGGGUGCUCAGCUGAAACCCAGAGUCCCGGAUGUUCUCAAGGGCUCUGCCCUUCACGCACCUUUCCACGCUCAGUUGUGCAUUUGCUCGCAGCAACUCUAGCUUGCAGUUGAGAAGACUAUAUCCAAUUUUAUACCACUGAACUAGAACCUUCUGCCCAUCUGCUUGGGGCCCCAGGUGGCCCACAUGGGCUCUAGCAGGGCCCAGGGGCCCGGCUUGCGGGGAGGUCCCAGUAAGAGAGAAGUGCCAGUUAGAGCCACUAGGAACAAGCCAGGGACCCAACUGGCCAGUUUUAGAGACCCUGCUCUGCUCAGCAGCAUCCGGGGGCCAGGAGCCCAGCAGCAAGCACCCCAACCCCAAACCAUGGGGGCGCGUGGCGGGGGGGGAAGCUGCUUCCCCUUGCUGGUGCACCGUCUCCCAUCUCUCCUCCUAAUACAGCAUCAGCGGACCGGGCAGAGCCUUGCUGUUCCGGGAAGCUAAGGCCCGGGGCCCCCACCUGCAGGGACCCCCCCCACCUGCACAAGCCUGGGUCCUGGGCACUCUCCCUGCCUUUUCCCCACAACCCAGGUGGGUUCAGCUCAGCAUGGGGGCCAGAGCCUGUCCAGACACUGCCAUUUGCCUUGGGGGCCGAAAUGACGCUGAGGUGGGUGAGUUCUGGACCCCAUCUCUAUGGCAAAUAAGCUCAUCCUUCACAAGGACCUGAGGUCUCCUUCAGCCCAUGACAGCAAUGCAGACUGAAUGCUUGUAACAAACUGUGUAACAGAAAGCUGCUUUCAAGUGGAUGUGUUCCCACCCCCGCCCCUCAGCUGUAUUGAUUCACAGAUGCUGCUAUUAGGCAGAAUUUAUAGGAAAUUGUUUUCAAGCCACAGGAGACUGGUUUGUACAACUUGAAGGUUGUAUUUAUUUAAUGUACCUCAAGGUGUUUUCAUAAUGAUCCGUGUUUUAAUAAAAACUAUUUCUGUCCUCUG